UCCUGCUACUGCUCCCUUACAUCAUCAUCUGCUCCAACCAUGAAGUGCGAGAUUGAAGCUAACAUCGGCUGUUGCAAGUCCUGCCAGCAAAAAGUGAGAAGAAACUUAGAACGUAUCAGAGGAGUUGAAUCCGUUGAGAUGUACCCAGAAAUAAACGUGGUGGUGGUGACGGGGAAGGUCGAGCCCACCACCCUGCUCCGUGCAGUUCAGGAAGUGAAAGACACAGCCCGAAUAUUGUCGAAGCCUGCGAACAACUCUGGGGUCGUCAAUGACGAAGAUGGUAGCAUGCGCGAUAAGCACAGUAGGAAGACGAAGAAGAAGGUAGCACCAGUGGCGGCCCCCGUCGACGAAGAACCGAUAUAUAAGGAAGCCGCAAUAAAUUACUAUCCCGAAAUUCCAUCUGCGGAAGAGAAGGACGGAAUCGCGUCGGAGGCGAUGACCUACGUUCUGAAUCUCACCGCGUAUGGGUUCGGUGGAGCGAUCAGCUACCGCAAGGAUGUGAUUUACAAAUGACACGCAGAGUUCAGGGGAAUGGAAGAUGGAUCGGACGUACCACCUCAAACAGCUUCUCAUGUGUGCUAGCCCAGUUUUAGCCUGUAUUUUCAUAAAC